AAAAUAAAAACACAUAAAGAAAGAGAGAAAGAAAAGGGAAAAAAAUCAAAUCAAAGAAGAGGAAAUAAAAAAGAAAGAAGAAAAAAAAGAAGAGAAAGAAUACGAACCAAAAAAUUAACAAUCCCCCCUUACCCCUACCCCCACCACCCCCACCACCCCAAAAAAUAAAGAAAAUUAAAAAAAAAAUAAGUGAGAGAACAUCACUCCUAUUGAAAGCAACAACACGGAUUUUGAGGUGUAGCUUGGCACCUGAGAGCAGAAAGGUGCGUGCCCGGAGUGCGAGUGCGUGCCCAGAGUGCGUGAUGGCCUGUGGGAAGUUCGGUUUGGUCCUCCGUCUGCUCCUACUGGUUACCUGCUCCUUGACCCAAGCAGAGAGCGACGGGAACACGAGUUGCGAGGACCUGGGCACAAAGAACAGCCACUUCGAAUGCACUGACGCGGGCGAGGUGCAGUGCGUCGACGGCUGGGAGGGCGAGGAGUGCAACAUCCCUAUCUGCCGCGAGGGAUGCGAUCCUGUGCACGGUUAUUGUACUCAGCCGGGAGAGUGUCGGUGCUCCUUAGGAUGGCGUGGUGAGAAUUGCAGCGAGUGCACGCCAUUGCCAGGUUGUCAACACGGCUAUUGCAACUCAACUAGUUUCGAGUGCCUAUGCGAGGAAGGUUGGGAUGGCCUGUUCUGUUCUCAACCCAUAUGUAAAGAAGAUUGUCACGCCACGAGAGGUUACUGCGAUCUGCCUGGGGAAUGCAAAUGUCGCAUCGGCUGGGGGGGCGACACGUGCCAGGAUUGCAAGCCGCUGCCCGGUUGCAUCAACGGCCACUGCACGAAGCCCUUGGAGUGUCGCUGUGACCCGGGCUGGACAGGACUCUUCUGCCAAACGCCUGUCUGCGCCGCGAACUGCAGCAAAGAACACGGUGCAUGCGUGGAACCAGGAGAAUGCAGGUGUGACGUCGGCUGGUGGGGCGAGAACUGUGAUACUUGUUUCCCAUACCCUGGUUGCAAACAAGGGUAUUGCACAGAGCCUUGGGAGUGCUUGUGCAAUCCUGGGUGGAUAGGCAUGCUCUGUGACCAGCCUGACAACGGCGGUUACUGCAGCGAGCACACGGAGGCGUGCCUGAACGGCGGCACGUGCAUCGACGUGCCCGGCGCCCGGAACUUCACGUGCUCGUGCCCGUCCCUCUUCACGGGGCAGCGCUGCGACUUCCUGGCCGACCUGGACCAAGCGACGUCUCCAUCCUCGCCGGAGACUUCCGGAGACCCCGACAGCGUGCAGGUCGUGACGGCCGAUUCGUCCUCGCCAAAGGGCACGUACUCCCUGCUGCAGCCCACCCCCGUGCCGGGGAGGGCCUCGCGCAUGAACCUGACGAAGGACGAGCGACGCCUCCUCCUGCAGAACACGGCUCGCAUCUCCUUCCGGCGCCCGAAGCUCGUUUCGGCGACCGACAAGUCUGGCGGUCUACCGUUCAAGGUGUUCGAGAGGAAGCUGAUCCCGCUGCCGGUGUUCCUGCCGCGCGUCAGCGAGAUCAUUCCCGGCAAGGAGGGCCCCGUGCGCCUCUUCAAGACCAUCGAGAAGAAGCCCACGCCCAUCCUCGUCCUGGACAGCGUGUCGCAGGACGAGAAGGAGAACAUGCUCAUCACGAAGGCGUCCCCGGAGGAGGACGACCAGGCCCCAGACGACAACCAGCUCGACGAGAACCGGCGCUUCAUCCGACACCAGCAGGGCGGGCCGGACCCGAGCCAGAUCGUGGAGAGGGAACCGAGCACCCGGCCCCCACGCCCCUCGCCACGCCCCUCGGGCCCUUCGCCGGGCUCCUCCUCCACUUCAGGUCCGGCUCAGCUAAGGUCUGCGCCCUCGAAGCUCAUGAGGAUCCGAGAACGGCCGCUCCUCGUCAGCGCACAGGCCAGCGCCCUGCCCAGACCCAACCCGGUCAGCCCCGCCACCCUCAGGACGCGCACGACGCCGCUGCCGCAGUCCCCGGCCAGCAGCAAACCCACGACGACCGCCACGAGCACGACGACCACCGAGCGGUCGAACGCGCCGCCGCAAGAAGAGCCUGCGUGGUCGCCGAGCGAAGCCGCGCUGGAGGGCCGGGAGCUGCCCGCAGAACCGCAGACUUACUACGAGCAGAACUCCAACGGGCGCGUCCACAUCGGCGACGUGAGCGAGGUGGACGAGGGCGCCCCGCACGAGGAGAUCUACGACGCCUUCAUCGAGCUGAAGAAAGUGUGAGCCUGAAAGUCCCCCAAAGUCCCCCACAGAAUCCAAGGACUCCGCUGUUGGGCCUCGAAUUUCCCGAAGCCUUUGCCCACUUGUGAUAAUAAGUGUCGACGUCACAGCCAUUGAUUCGGGCUAAACGGAAGGCAGCUUCACCAAAACGUGUUCUGGCUUUAAACCAGCAAGCGCAGUCGAACAUUUGUGUAUAUAAUUAUAAAGUUGAAAGAUAUCAGUUGUUGUCUAUGCAGACGAUGUGUAACUUCGCUCUCCCGUUUCCCUAUAUUAUCUUUUCCUUCUCUUUCGUCUACCAUUUCUUUCCCGGAUUUCUUCAUUCUUGUUCCCCCUUUUUUUCUUCUUAUUCACCCCAGUUUCCAGCUACUUAACGCACCUCAGUAAAUAAUCAGUAUUCUACUAAAAGUCUUCGUUUAUUAUCUCAGACAGACUGACUGUACCUGCCAAGGAGGUCGAUUCCCUCCGCAAAUAGUGGUAGUUCUUGACGCAUAUU